AUGUAUUCCGAAGGGAGGAUCCAGAGCGGGCCGCAGAGUGUAAACGGCGCGUCGGAUACAGGCAGCUACUCCCCACCGGACAGUCCCCAGCCGGUGACACCGAGCCAAGGCUCGCCUCCUUUCGCUGGCAUGAGCACGCUCACCAGUGCUGAAGACCGCAAGGGCGGUCACGACUCGACAGACGAUCUUGGCCGCGAAAAUGAGCGGAGACUACCCCCGCUGAGCAUCAACACGUCCGGACCCUCCGGAAGUGACUCUCCCCAUUCGUUACCUUCACCUUCUGCGCCACACUUUACAGGACGCGCUUUCUCGCCCAAGCAUGGCGCAUUCGCUUCAGGCUCAUCAGCGCACACGCUCGACGGAUACCGGGAACGGUCGGGCCAUCGCAAUGGUUCGGACGAUGGAUAUGGAAUCGAUGAGAAGGCAGACACGCCAAUCGUCAAGCCGCCAUCACCCUACGACCAGCCGUACAGCUCGCGGCCUCUGACGUCCAAGGGACUCGGAAUGUCGCCGGCGACGCAGAAGUGGUUCGAGUCGACACCGGUGUGGCUCGGGAUGUACUUCUUCUUCAACCUCGGGCUCACGUUGUUCAACAAGCUCGUCUUGGUCUCGUUCCCAUUCCCCUACACUCUGACGGGAUUACACGCCCUGUCUGCGAGCGCAGGAUGUUACAUUGCGCUGGAGCGCGAGAUGUUUGUGCCGGCACGCCUGACGCAGAAGGAGAGCAUCAUGCUGGGCGCAUUCUCGGUGCUGUACACGAUCAACAUUGCUGUCAGCAACAUUUCGCUCCAGCUGGUUACCGUGCCGUUCCAUCAGGUCGUCCGAGCCGCCGCGCCAAUGUUCACAAUGUUUAUCGCGGCACUUCUUCUGCGCCAGAAGUUUAGCGUGAACAAGAUCCUGAGCCUGUUGCCCGUCAUCGCGGGCGUUGGCUUUGCGACCUACGGGGACUACUACUUUACGACGUGGGGCCUGGUCCUGACGAUGCUGGGCACGUUCUUGGCCGCGCUGAAGACGGUGGUCACGAACAUCAUCCAGACGGGAGGACGGCUGAAGCUGCACCCGCUGGACCUGCUCAUGCGCAUGUCCCCGCUCGCCUUCAUCCAGUGCGUGCUGUACGGAUGGUGGACGGGCGAGCUGGACCGCGUGCGCAAGUACGGCGCGACGCAGAUGACGCGGGGCAAGGCGAUCGCGCUGCUCAUCAACGGCAUCAUCGCGUGCGGGCUCAACAUCGUCUCGUUCACAGCGAACAAGAAGGCAGGCCCGCUCACGAUGACCGUGUCUGCCAACUGCAAGCAGGUGCUCACAAUCCUGCUCGCCGUGUUCCUGUUCAACCUCAACAUCAACUUUACGAACGCAAUCGGCAUCCUUCUAACGCUGUCCGGCGGCGCGCUUUACGCCUACGUCGAAUACACGGAGAAGCGCCAGAAGAAGCAGCUUUCCUCCGCAAAGGGAGCUGAGAAGGCGUGA